AUGGCACCACCAUCACCCGAAGUAGCUCUGGCGAUCUCCAGUCAGAAAGCACUGUAUGGUAUAUACGCCGACACAAAGCAAUGGAAUAAAUGGGCAAACGAUAUUGCCCUCCAAGACGCUCGAUAUAUCUACGUGGCCACAAACGGAAAACCUUUAGCGCUUGGUUCCAAGCUGACGGUGUUCGACACCUCAAAGAGCUGCGCAGCCUUUUUCGCCGGGUUCUUCUCCCAGCUGCAGACUCUGCAUAACCUUGGGCCGGGUACUUUUGACCAGGUGGCACCCGAUGAAGUUCAUUCGAUUUUCUCCGUGGAGGAUCAGCUCUACCACAAGUACCUUGGGACAUGGAUGGCACUCAGGGGAGGGGGUUUCUACUACGAGACUUGGAAGCUUGUGGAUGGAAAGUGGUACAUCUCAGAGCUGAGAUUUGAGCGAGCGUACCAGAAGAUGACGCUGCUAUUUAAGCUGUUUUUCCUCUUCUUCUUUACAACCGGAAUAUCUCCUUAUUAA